AUGAAGGUUCUCUUUCUUUUUGCUGUUUUCUUCUGCUUGAUUCAAACAAGCCCAGGAGAUAUUCCACCUGGGAUUAGGAAUAGCAUCUGCCUCAUGCAACAUGGAACCUGCAGACUUUUUUUCUGCCGUUCUGGUGAGAAGAAGGGAGACAUUUGCUCAGACCCCUGGAACAGAUGCUGCACUUUAAACACUGCAGAAGGCAAGCCCAGGCUGCUGAGCACAAGCCCCUGA